GUACUUUACGGCCAAUGGAACAUGGCGCAGGGUGAUACAUCCUUGGACGGACUGAGGCUCAGCAAGGAAUGGCGGGAGUCUGGCAGCCUGAAGGCGGAGGUGCUCCGUCACCUGAGGCAGCAUGUGCCUCGGAUCUUCUGCCUGCAGACCGAGUUCAGCCAGCAGGACGAGGAUGAGCUGUUGCAGAAGCACAUCCUCCACCCGCUGGAGUGUUAUGUUUUCGGGGAAGACCCUGAGGCGGGUCUGGAGAAGCUGAAGCAGGGCGGCACGUCGCCACAACUCUGUGGUCGUGUGUUCAAGGAAGGGGAGACUGUCUACUCCUGCAGGGACUGUGCGAUUGACCCCACAUGUGUCCUCUGCAUCGAUUGUUUCCAGGAAAGUGUUCACAAAACUCACCGCUACAAGAUGCAUGCGUCAUCAGGUGGCGGUUUCUGCGACUGCGGCGAUGUGGAGGCCUGGAAGAUCGGUCCGUGCUGCUCCAAGCACGACCCGGGAUCGGCCACCGCCAUGGUAACGGACGAGUGUGUGUUGGAGCCGGAAUACUACCAACGAGUGGAGAACUUGUUCCGUGUGUUGAUGCAGUACCUCACAGACUUUCUGGUGUGGGAGGAGGAGUCACACCUCCAGCCUGAGCUACAGCCAGAGACUGAGGAGAACUCCUACUACUGCGUGCUCUACAACGACGAGCAUCACUCGUACGAACAUGUGAUCUACACGCUGCAGCGGUCGGUCAACUGCGACCUGGCCGAGGCUCAGACACACACAACCCUCAUCGACAAAGAGGGCCGACGGGCAGUGAAGAGAGGAAGCCUUCGAACAUGUCAGCUGGCUAAAGAACUGAUCACGGCAAACUCGGAGCACAUUUCACUGCAGCCGCUGCGAGUGGAGAUCCUGCAGGUCACCGUCAUGGCUCACCAGACAUUUGCUCUGCGGCUCGGGGCUUGGUUCCAAAAGAUGAUCGGCUACUCAGCGGGAUUCAGGCAGGCAUUCUGCCAGGUGGCUCUGGAGCCAAACAAGGAAGUGCAGCAGGGUCCUUGUCUGAUCAGCCGACUGAUGCUGCGUGAUGCCAGGAUGUACAAAGGUGCUCGGAAGAUCGUGCACGACCUGAUUUUCUGCAGCAUGCUGAUGGAGAAUGAGUUCAAGAAACAGUUCGCCAUCGAGUUCACCCGAUAUUACAAGCUGCUGCAGAAGGAGUUCAUACUGGACGACCACGAGAGGAACAUCUCCAUCACGGCGCUGUCCGUCCAGAUCUUCACUGUUCCCACACUGGCGCGACACCUGAUGGAGGAGGAGAAGGUGAUCCCCGUCAUCAUCAACACCGUCAUGGCCCUGCUGGACGAACACCUGGACGACAACAAUCGCUUCCUCUUCCUGGGCUACAACUCUGACAAGUUCUCCAGGAUCCAGAUCAUCUUCCAUGACCUCAGGUAUAUUCUGAUCAGCAAACCCUCAGUCUGGACGGAGAAGCUGCGGAGAGAAUUCCUCGCCGGUUUCAAAUCCUUCCUGAAGCUGCUCAAGUGCAUGCAGGGCAUGGAGGAAGUGAAGCGUCAGUUCGGUCAGCACAUCGCGAUAGAGCCCGAGUGGGAGGCAGGUUUCUCUCUCCAGAUUCAGCUGCGUCACAUCCUGGCCAUGUUCCAGGACUGGUGCUCCUCCGACGAUGAGCUGCUGCUGCUGGCCUUCAAAGAGUGCCACAUGGUAUUGAUGCAGUGCAACAACCAGCCCUUCCACCGAGAGGCCACCGACUUCUACAUGUGCAAGCAGAUCCUCCACGUUCGACCAUACAAGGUGUCCCAGGAUCCCGUCAGCAUCCACCUGCCUCUGUCCAGGCUGCUGGCAGGCUUGUACGUGCUUCUCUGUAAAACUGGAGCCAUAAAGCACCUGCAGGAGCCAGAGAGCUACGACUUUCCCAAGAUGGCGGAGCACCCGCUGCGCUGCGUGGUUCUGGCUGCUCAGGUGUCGGCGGAGAUGUGGCGCCGGAAUGGUCUCUCUCUGGUCAGCCAGGUCUACUACUACCAGGAUGUGAAGUGCAGAGACGAGAUGUACGACAAAGACAUUCUCAUGCUGCAGAUUGCUGCUUCCAAAAUGGACGCCAACCACUUCCUCAUGCUCUUGCUGCUGAGGUUCGAGCUGUUUGAUUAUUUUAAUGACAAGUUCUCCAGAAAAGAUCAGGAUGAAGUGAUUCAGAGGAAUCGAUUGACAGAGGAGAUGUUGUACCUGCUCAUCGUCGUAGUCGGAGAGCGCUACGUUCCCGGGGUCAGUGAUGUGACCAAGGAGGAUGUGACGAUGCGGGAAGUCAUCCACCUGCUGUGCAUCGAACCCAUGACCCACAGUGGUCUGGCCAAAGGGUUGCCUGAGAACGAGAGCCACGAAACUGGUCUGGAGUCGGUCAUCACCAAAGUCGCCACCUUCAAGAAGCCUGGCGUUUUCGGGCACGGCUUGUAUGAAGUGAAGAAGGAGCAUCUGGUGGAAUUCAACCCGUUCUUUUACCAUUACUCAAGAUCUCAACACAGCAAGGCGGAGGAGUCUCAGAAGAAGAGAAGAGUCCAGGAAGGCAAGGACAAAGUGCUGCGCCCGCCACCUCCCCCUCCCUUCUGCACUCCCUUCGCCAACAUCUCACGCUUGCUGUGCUGCGACGUUUUCAUCCACAUCAUCCGGAGAGUUCUGCAGCGGGCAGCCGAGGAGAAGAGCAGCCACUGGACUGAGAUCAUGAUCCAGAGGGCUCUUCACCUGGUGGCUCAGGCUCUGAUGGAGGAGAAGAGUCUGCUGGAGGGCGGCAGAGUGGAGGAUGUGACCUUUGACUUCAGCCUGAAAGCUUGCCGAGUCGGGUCAGAACACAACAAGUCUGUGUUCCACUUGUUAUCCAAGAUAAAAGUCCUUCCUUCUCUGGAGGGCCAGAAGGACACAGUCAAGUGGAUCCUUCAGAUGUUUGAGCUGGUCAAGUGUGUGAGAGAGAAGUCCUUCCCGUCGUCAUCCAUGAGUGUGGAGUCCAGCAAGCCAGAGGAGAAUUCCCAGGAUAAGGAAAAGGCUGAGCGUAAGCGCAAAGCAGAGGCAGCCAAGCUCCACCGUCAGAAGAUCAUGGCCCAGAUGUCAGCUAUGCAGAAGAACUUCAUUGAGUCCAACAAGAUGCUGUACGACAACAUGCCGGAGGGCACCAUGCAGGGAGAAGCUGUUACGUCCACCGAGAGCUGCUCCAUGGAGCAGAAGGAGCUGUGUGUCGCCGUCGGCCCAAACCGAGGGUCCACGCCAGCCAAGAGGGAGGUGCUGACCUGCAUCCUGUGUCAGGAGGAGCAGGAAGUGACCACGCAGGCUCCAGCCAUGGUCCUCACUGCGUGCGUCCAGAGGUCCACCGUGCUGACUCAGUGUCGGGGGAAGAUCCUGACCAACAAUACAGAAGCAGAGUCGUCGUAUCCCCUGUUCAUGUCUCCGGAGCUGGCAGUGGGGACACACACCGGUAGCUGCGGGCACGUCAUGCAUGCCACCUGCUGGCAGAAAUACUUUGAGGCGGUGCAGAACACCACCAGGAACAGACUCCACGAGAUGAUCAUCGACCUGGAGAACUGCGAGUAUUUGUGUCCUCUUUGUAAGUCUCUAUGCAACACCGUGGUCCCUCUCAUCAUGCUGGAGCCGCUCGUGUUCAACUACGAAAAUGCAGAAUUAAUCGGUCAACAUUUGACUCUUCCUCGAUGGAUCCAGGUCCUCACUGCUCGGAUUAAAGGCCUCCAGCUGACUCAGGACGCUGAUGACACCACAGAGAGCAGCAGCAGCAGUGAGGCUCAGAUGUGUGGAGAAGUCCUCCCUGACUUUAGGUCCAUCCUCAGCUACGGCGUCCAAGAACCGAGGAAGUUCUCAGACAGCAUAGCAGAGAUGCUGGUUGUGUGCGCCACCACCGUGCACAGAGUGGGGCUGCAGACGGUGCCCAACGAGCUUUGCUCAAAGGUGCCGAUCAUGUCCUGGAACACCUGCGCCUUCACCAUCCAGGCUAUUGAGAACAUCCUGCAGGAGGAGGACAAGCCGCUCUUCGGCUCCCUGCAGAACAGACAGCUGGCCGGCCUGAAGGCCAUCGUCCAGUUCUCAGCAGCCCAGAGACACAAGAGCUCUCAGGCCGUGAUCCAGGGACACUUCAGGGACAUGCUGGCAGUUCUGCUGCCACACUUGAGCAGGAAGAACACGCCGUCGCUGCUGGAGGUCGACUUCUUCCACCUCUUGGUGGGCCUGGUGCUGUCCAUCCCCUCGCUGUACCAGGAGGAGACGGUGAACCUGCAGCCAUCUGCAGUCAGCUCAGCCUACAACCACCUUCACCUGCUGCAUCUGGUCACCAUGGCUCAUGUCCUGCAGGUGCUGCUGGUCACCACAGAUUUCCCUGCUGCAGCAGCUGGAGAAGAAGCAGAGGAGGCACAGGCGGCUGCAGAGUUGUACUCCACAGUUUCAAAGUGCACCAGCAGGUCCAGUCCUGAUGUGUCCGGCAGCUCUGUGGCUGACAGGGUGAAGAGAGGAAUCACUCCCUUCCUGCGGUGCGCUGCCCUCUUCUUCAAUUGCCUUACAGGAGUGCCCCCUCCUGAGGAGCUCCUGAGUACUGCAGUUAGAGCUCAGGAUCAGGUGGAGGCGCUCUGCAGCUACCUGUCACUUCCCGCCAACGUGUUCCUGCUCUUCCAGGACCACAGUGAAACGGUCACCCCGCUGCUGCAGAGGUGGUGUGCUGCUCCGACCGUCACCAAAAGCCUGAGAGGCAAAGCCCAGGUGGUCAGGUUUCCAAGGAGACGGAACCACUUGAUAGAUCUUCCUGAGGACUACAGCGCCCUCCUGAACCAGGCCAGCCACUUCCAGUGUCCCAAGUCUUCAGACGACGAGAGGAAACACCCCACGCUGUGUCUGUUCUGCGGCGCCAUGCUGUGUUCUCAGAGCUCCUGCUGUCAGAGUCAGCUGGACGGAGAGGACGUCGGCGCCUGCACCGCUCACGCCGCCACGUGCGGGGCCGGAGUGGGCAUGUUUCUCAGGAUACGUGAGUGUGAGAUCGUUCUGAUGGCCAGUAAGACUCGGGGAAGCACGUACCCCGCCCCGUACCUGGACGACUACGGCGAGACGGACCCUCAUUUGGUGCGUGGCAACCCCCUGCACCUCUGCCCAGAGCGCUACAGGAAGCUGAACCAGCUGUGGCAGCAGCACUGCAUCCUGGAGGAGAUCGCCCGCAGCCUGGAGGUGGUCAACGUGAUGUACGCCUUCGAGUGGCAUAUGUUGUGAUGAGCGUCGAUGACCUGCGACAAGAACCAAGCACAGCGCCUCUGCUACUGAAGUCCCAGCUGCCCAAAAAUCCCCCAAACACCCACCCCAAGUGCAGAGCAGAGCAGUGGGAUGAGGAGAAGACUUUGGUGGGAGAACGUCCAGGAGCGUCGGACCGUAGACGUAGGUACUGGAACCAAGACAGUCGCCGCCUCCUCUCGUCGAUGCUGUGAAUCUCUUCCGAUGCUUGAACUGUGGAUAUCAAAGGUGAAGUGGAGGAACGACUUAGCACAGCUCCACACUUAUAUCUGAGUAUUACACAACUGCGGUACCUUCCUCCCAAAUCAUACGCAGCCUUGUAUGUAUCUUUAUUUCCUCUUAAUUUCAGGGGUUCAAAUAUAAGUCACACGAUAAUCUUAAUUUAUACCAAGAGGAUUAAUUAUGAGUUGGAUAUUUCAGUGUUGUGUUUUAAGUUUGUGAGAAGAAAAUCAUGAGUUGCUUCAUUUUUAUUUCUUGUCUGCGUGAACAUUUCUUUCUUCCUCUGCUCUGAGAGACACUUCCUGGCUGCGACAAUAAAAACAGUCAUCCACCUGAA